AUGGAGAAACCUAUAAAAAUAUUAUUCGUCGGCGAUUCUUCUGUGGGCAAAACAAGUAUUAUGAAGCGUUUUGCCGAUGAGAAAUUCGACGAUUCAAUUGCUCCAACAAUUGGAGUUGACUUUAUGCCUUCAAAAAUCGAGAUUGAUGGCAUCACCUACAGUCUUUCAUUUUGGGAUACAGCCGGAGCUGAAGCAAAUGGGAUGACGGCUUUACAGCCUCUCUUCUAUAGAAAUGCCGAGGGUGUCCUUCUUGUUUAUGAUGUCACCAAUCGCGAUAGUUUUGAGAAUAUUAAAAACUGGGAUGAGAAUGUCGGUUAUUACGCGAACAACCCUAAUAUCAUCAAAAUGCUUGUUGGAAACAAGAUUGACUUAGUCGAAAGGGCAGUGAGGAAAGAAGAAGCCCGAGAAUUUGCCAUGCGUUCCUCCAUGCUAUUUGUGGAAACCAGUGCCUUAACUAGUGAAAAUGUAAACAAUUGCUUUCAUCAACUUGUGUCCACUAUUGUUCGAUCCCCGUGUUUUGAGGCCAAUCGUAAACCCAGUAGGAAUAUUAACCUUGAAAAAACAUCAAAUGUGCCCUCUACUCAAAGCGGCGGUUGCGUAAUGAGGCUCUACAAACCCCACUGGGUCACCCACGGUAUUCAGUGUAAAUCCACAAACUCAUAUCAUUCAAUUUGCAGUUUGGAUAUCCAUCCAGAUGGCUCACGCCUUGCAACUGGUGGCUUGGGUAAAACUGGUGGCACUGUUAUCAUUUGGGAUAUGUCCUAUAUAAGAGAUCCUUCCAAGGAAACCAAUGCCACUUCAUCAAAACAACUCUUCCGGAUGGAUGACCAUGAAGGUUGUGUGAACACUGUUCGAUGGUCACCAACGGGUCGUUGGUUGGCGACCGGCAGUGUUGAUCACUCUGUAAUUGUUUGGGAAAAAUCGCCCGCUGGUACUCAUAGUGGUGUAUUCGGUGCUAAGGAGAAGUUUUCUGAACAUUGGAGGCGCAUAGCUGCUUUACGAAAUCAUAGCGGUGAUGUUGUUGAUAUUGCCUGGUCUCAGGAUGGAACUAGACUGGCAUCUACAAGUAUUGAUUGCACAGUUGCCAUUUAUGGCGUCUCUUCACUGAAUGAUGGUUCUCAGCCAUCAUUCCAACUCAUCACUAUCCUCAAAAGUCACAAAGGAGCUGUUAAGGGAGUAACAUGGGAUCCUGCGGGUCGUUUUCUGGCUACCCACUCAGAUGAUCUUGGUGUUCGAAUCUGGCGCUCUGCUGAUUGGCAAAUUGAAGCUACUGUUUCUAAGUUCUUUCCCGAUCAUGCAGAUCAGACAGCCCUAAUGCGUCUUUCUUGGAGUCCUGAUGGAUCCUGUAUUGCCGCUCCACAUGCUGUUAAUGGUAACUUUCCGGUGGUUCAACUACUUAAUCGCAAUCGAUGGCAGGCAACUGGAUCUGAUCUUGUUGGUCACGAAAAGCACCUUACUUGUGCGCGCUAUAAUCCGAAUAUAAUGAAAAAAACUAAAAACAAUGGAUUUAUUAAUAUACUUUGCCUUGCUAUUGGUGGGAAAGACCGGUGCUUAUCAGUAUGGUCAACUGCACGUAGACGUGCUCUGGUUGUCCUACGUGAUCUCUUUACACAUGCUAUUUCUGAUUUGACCUGGAGUGCAACUGGGCAGGAGCUGAUGGUCUGUUCUCUAGAUGGUUCUGUUGCUUACCUCUGUUUUACGAAAGAUGAGUUAGGUGAACCGCUUAGUCCAGAAGAAACUGUUCAGCAUCAUCGCAGGACCUAUGGCCAAAGUCUAAUUGACAACCUUCUAAAUUCAUCAAGGUCGUCAGAAAGCAAUGUUACUUCUGUUUUUAAUCAGAAGACUGGAAGUGUUGUGCUAGAAACCCCUGAAGCUUUGGCUCUACAGCGCCAACAAGAGGAAUUGAGACAGAGAAUGGGAAAUACUACCAGUAAAAACUCUGGUGUUAAGGUUGCUGAGAAAGUCCAGUGGGUAAGUUUGAUCUUCACUUGUCUGUGGGCCUUUAAAGCUGCUUUUAUAUAUUCUAGCGUUGUUGAUUCGCCCAAUUCAACCUUACCCCCAGUCGCCAGACAGUCAUCAAAAGAUGUUGCUGCGUCUUCGUCUCCGAAGACUACGGCGGCUAGUAUGCCAACGCAGAAGUCUGCUGAGCCGCCUUCGGACGUGAUAGUCAGUGACAAGACACCGACUGCAAUUAAUGGUGUUGCGACCAAGUCUCCGUUAAAUGGUGGUUCAGAUUCAUCUACAACGCUGAAGAAACGGGCGGAUGAGGAAAUACCGGCCUCUAAAGCAAGAAAGAGGGUAGAAAUGACCACAAUAACAGAGGAAACAAAAAAUAUUGAAAAGAAAACCCCCAAAACACCACAGGGAAUUAAGAAACGCUCGCGUGUCAGAAAUAUGAACGACGUUGAAGUGGACAAUGUCCCAGUUCCUACUACCACUAAGACUACAGCACAAGAUCGUCAUCCUCCCGCUGCUAAAGCUGCUGAUAGAGCUACAGAGAGGACGGGUAAGCCCAUUGCCUUCCCCUACCGAUGGAAUUUAUGUAUAUACUGGGGAUAUCCUAGAAGACUCACGAGCAGUCUUUAG